AUGGUGUUCCUCGUAACGUUGGUUGCUGUGCUGUUGCUCUCCGAUGGAGACUGCGAUCAGCGGUACGAAUAUCUUUCCUCCUUUCUUUCAUCUCCUGUUGGUGGAGUUAAGGCGCACUGGCGGGAAUUUCCGCACCUCGGAGCGAUCGGAUGGACGCGGGACAAUGGAAGCAUCCAUUGGGGUUGCGGUGGUUCGUUGAUAUGGGAAAAUUUUGUUCUUACUGCCGCUCAUUGUGUUUUCCAUUCAGACUUCAAUAAUUCACAGCCGACGGUGGUGCGCUUUGGAGAUCUGAACCUUCAUAAUGAAACAGACGAUCAAUUUGUCCAACAGUACAACAUCGUGAAGAUCAUUCGUCAUCCGGAGCAUAGGUUCAGUGCAAAAUAUCAUGAUAUUGCGCUGCUGAUGUUGGAGAAGAACAUUGAAUUACAUGGCACCGUUGUUCCGGCGUGUCUUUGGGAUGAUGAGGAGGUUCGUUUUACCACUCUAGAGUCAGCCGGGUGGGGUGCAACAGGUUAUGGAGAAUCUCAAACACCAAAAUUAUUGAAAGUAUCAUUGCACCCAGUUGAGAAAAGUGUGUGCGAUCGGCAUUACCGUGUUGGAGAUCGUGGCCUUAAACAAGGCCUCCAGGACUAUCAACUGUGUGCAGGCGAUGCGAAGAUGGACACAUGCCAGGGUGAUUCCGGAGGUCCACUAGAGAUCAAGCUGUUGCAUUCCUUAUAUAUUACACCGUUCAUCGUAGCUGUUACAUCCUUCGGAACCAUCUGUGGAAAGGCCAUCCCUGGGGUGUACACAAAGGUGGCGCCUUACAUCCCAUGGAUACGCUCCGUAUUGGAAGAACAUGGAGAGGUCGCUUCCGAGUGGAAAUUCAAACCGUACGGUUGCGCAUUGCGGUAUGAAAGGUUCAGGCCAUACGAUCCGGUCAUAACAGAUGGCUUAUACGAUGCAAACGACGGAAAUCUCACGGACCUGCUGGCAAAGGUAACCCCACAUGCAACCGAGAAUUGUACGUUGACGAAGCAGUAUCAACCACUUUUGACAAAGGGACUCGCAGAGGAGCAUCUUUGCUUCGGCAGUGACAUCUUCCUAGUGCCGGAAGCUUGUGAACAAACGUUUGGAGGUGGAAUUCAGAGUACAUUUGUAGCAAACGGUGCAAAACAUACCGUUUACGCACUCAAUCUCCUCGGAAGGGAUUGUGGAUUCGGAGAAUCAGCUCUUGGAGUGAAGAUCAGCAGUCAUGCGCAAUGGUUGAGCCAAGUCAUCCUGAAGAAUAAACGGCGGGGUGACGAGUCGGCGUUGUUCUUCGAUACAGACCUCGAGCUGGGAGACCAUUGCGGAUUACCCGAUGGAACGGUUGGAAUGUGCACUGAUAUACGGAGAUGUCCUAAGGUGCAGUACGAUCUUAACAUCCAGAAAAGGGUGACCUUCUGCAGCAACGGUUCCAUUGCAUGUUGUCCGUUUCAUAACGUCCUCAAUGCCACGCAGGGAGCUGGCAGCGAAUUGGACACGUGUUCAUCCCAGUUCAGAUUUGUCACUGAACAGUACGACUUACCCUACGCCGAGCACGAUAUCGAUCUACGAUUCCCACAAGUGGUUGAAAUUCAAUGGAACCUAAGCCAUGGACUACAUAAAUCGUGUAUUGGGACGUUAAUCAGUCAAAGCGUGGCGGUUUCGUCAGCAAGCUGCCUUUCGAGCAUCGGCGACGAAUCGGCUGAGAUCAUAUUCAACUGGGAAAAGAAAACGACGCAAAGUUUGAUCGAGAAGAUCAUUAUUCAUCCCGGAUACGACGCAAGUACGCUGCAGAAUGACAUCGGAUUGGUAAAGAUUAGUGAAACCGUUGAGUCAACGAUACCGGCGUGUCUCUGGCAGAAUCAAACACACACUCCAUUGUUUUUGCAGCAAGUUAGGCUAUCCGAGAGAGUCCCGAAGACAGUGCCGAGCUUGUCGAAGUAUAAUUCGGAUUGUGACGACUUGGGAAAACCUAUUGGACCAACACGUUUCUGUGCGGAUCUCCAUCAUAGUCUUUGGGGUGCAACAACGACAUCCGGUGCACCAGCCUUCUGGCAGGAGCUACUCGAUGAAGAUGGGACAGUUGUGACUUAUCUGGUCGGCAUCGCAAGCGAAAGCUUCAGGAAUUAUACAAUUCUUACUCGCAUUGAGUCGUAUGUCGAUUGGAUUAAAAGUAAUUUGUAG